CCCGAGCAGAGGCCAGAGCAUCGACGGAUCACGUGGCUCCCAUGCGAGUGCAUGUCUACAACAAGAUGUUGUCAGACAUUGGCUGUUCGGGCACGUAGUCCAAGGACAUCGUCAUGAGGGGGAGAGCGGUGGUGCGCUUCAUUAAGGAGCACGGCGCCGCUCUCCAUAUUUUCCGGGGGGAGAGCAGGCAGAUGGGCCUCAUUUAUCCUUGCGAGACACGUUUCGCAUCCGUGUUCGCGAUGGUGGAGCGUUUGCUGGUAGUGAGGUCAGCAUUGGAGAGGAUGGUGGAUGGCGACACUUGGGGUAUGGUCCCUUGGGACCAUUCCGUUCCUCACUUGGCUAGGUGGGUGAGGUGGCAUGUGCGGCAUGGCAGCUGGUGGGAUUCCAUGGCCAUCUUGUUCCGUGUCAUGGAGCCCGUGUACGACCUGCCGCGCAGGUUGGACCGUGGAGGGCUGCACAUAUCGUGGGUUAUUCAGUGGACACAGGAUCUGGCCCGCCAGGUAGCAGAGGAGGUUUGUGCACUUCCGACCGAUCUUGCACACCACAUUGUGCAGAGGGUGCAGGCCCGAUGCGCCCACAUGUUGGAGCCGGCGCACGCCGCUGCUCACCUUCUCAGUCCCAACCGCCGGGACUUGCGGUACUUCGAGGGCGUUGUCAGCGACUACGACGCCAGUUUGGUGAGGGGGGCGGAGACUUACAUCUUGUCGCAGACAGGGUUCAGUGUGUCGAGCCCUGACUACGAGACCGCAUGUGCGCAGUUGCGCGACUUCCACACACGGAGGGGGACGAUUGCUUGGGGGGGGAGGGACGGAGACAGAGAUGCACAGAGGUGCACGGGCAUUGCGGAGACGUACGAGUCCGGGUGUUGGUGGUCGAGGUACGGGCAGUGCGCCCCACAGUUGCAGGUUAUCGCUCUUCGUGUGAUGUACAUGUGGACGUGCUCCUCUCCUGCAGAGAGGAAUUGGGCCGUCCACGAGGGUGUACAGACGAAGAAGCGUAACCGGCUUCAGUUCGAGAAGGUCGCGAAGUUGGUUAAGAUCUCAGCCAACGUCCGCCUUCUCUCUCAUCAGCGGGCAGCCCACGGGUUUGCACUGCCGUGGACUUUGGAUGAGUCGUUGUUGGACGUGGAGGGAGGUAUCGGGAUUCGCCCCUCUGAUUCCGAGGGCAACGAGGACGAGCCGGCGGGCCCCGCUACCGCCGGUCCUGCGGCGGAUGAGCGUGAUGCGUGGAGCGACCCAGAGGACGUCCAAAGAUGGAGUGGCGGAGAUGACCUUUUCGUUGGAGUUGACUUGGAGGAGGAGUCUGGGGGUCGUCACGAGAGCCCUUCACAGUGUCAGAGGACUACGUCCGCUGACACGCGGUCCUUGGAGCGGAAGGGAGAUCCUGGGUCUGCACCUUCGAGGGGGGCAGAGUCGGGGAUUGGCCAUCGUCCUGCGCGUGUUCGUACUGGUACGACAUCAACCAUCGCUCUUCCCAGUUCGAUGGAGCAGCUUCGUCGACAGCCAGCCGGGGAUGAUCGAUUGCAUAGAUUGGUGAGGGGCCCUAGACAGCGAUUGCAGGACAGAUUAGAGGUCGGUUCUUCACCGGUGCAAGGGGACGACGGAGAUAGAGAGGGGUUGGCUCGCAGAGAUGGUGGUGCGUUGGCCGGAGGUGGAGGGGGUGCAGAGGUUGCUGCGGCGGUUGAGGCGCACGAGAUUCGGAGUGCUGGUGAUGAGCGGAUACCGAUGACGGGGGGCGGAGCCGGUUUCAGUGAGUUUGGUGACUUGGGUAUGCCCCCGGGAGAGAGCGUGGGUCUGGCCCGAGGAGAGAGCAAGUCCCGUGGGGACAUCAGUGUGGGUAUGCAGGAGUUGUUGGGACAGAUCAUCUUAGCAGACCCGAGUAGUUUCUCCCCUGCCAUGCGAGCAGAGGUGAUGUCGGGGGCCAGAGGGGGAUGAGGACCGGACACCCCCUGGAGAGACAUCUGCAGAGAGGCUGGAUAGGCUUGAUAGCCGUCGAGCUGGCCUCAUGGCGCAGAGGGACCCCACGA